UCCGACGGUCUAUACGCGUCACCUAAAGAGAAUGACGUUUUCAGGCAACUGAUAAAUAGCAUAACCCGUUUUACGACCCUUAGAACAAGUACUGCUGCUGCACCACCAUCCACCCUCACAAAGGUCGUUAUAGAUGAGUUAUCCAAACAUGCCAUGUUUAUGCAUCCUCCUCCUACUAGCUCUGCUCUCGUGCUUGGUCAAGUCGUCAGCAGCAUCUGCAUGCAGCUGCUGUGACGAGAUGACCUACAGCUUCCCUUCCUUCAGCCGCGGCUCAUCUGAUAGGUUGGCGCUCUUCAAGGACGCAGGAAUCAGUAAUGGUGCCCUCCAUCUCACUCCAGACACGAGGAAUCACGGCAAGUCCGGUGCCGCGCUCCUGCCAGCUCCAGUCACGCUCUGGCGCCACGACUCCCAGGGGGUGAAGCAAGACGCGUCCUUCGAAACCUUCUUCACCAUGAACGUCCAGUACUCACCGGCCGAGGAAGCUUCAGGGCGGAACGGCGACGGCCUUGCGUUCGUCAUCGUGCCAACCCUCAACGGCCCACCUCCGGGCAGCGAGGGUGGCUUCCUCGGACUCACCAACAACACCUCGAAGGUUACCUCUCCUUCCAGCAGCAGCAGCUUCAUCGCCGUCGAGUUUGACACAGUGAAGCAGCCGUACGAUCCUGACGACAACCACAUCGGCCUCAACAUUGGUAGCAUCAUCUCCGACUACGUUGUCCCACUCUCCCCUCUGAAUAUUACCAUCGCAACGGAUCAGGCAACUGCGAAGAACUACACGGUGUGGAUCAAAUACAAUGGCGUCGGACACCAUGUAUGGAUAUACAUGGAUGUCGAAGGCCGGCCGAAACCAGACAGAGCCCGCCUUGAGGCGCCCCUCAACCUUAGCGACCACGUCCCUCAGAAAGCCUUCAUUGGUUUCUCGGCAUCAACUGGGGUGGGCUUCGAACUCCAUGCUAUCUUGAGCUGGAACCUAACAGUUAAUCUUCCUGACGACGGCCUUGGCAUCGACUGGAAGGUGAUACUGCCUGCAGUUCUUGGGGCAAUUGCCAUUACGGCCAUCAUGAACAUUUUUGUAGCUGCCUUCUACUUCAACUCCAAGUACAAGGCGCUCAAGAUGGAGCUGGUGCUGUCCGAGGCUCUCCGGCGCCUCCCCGGUAUGCCGAGGGAGUUCAAGCACGCCACAAUGAGGAAGGCCACUAACAACUUUGACGAGUCUAGGAAGCUGGGCAAAGGCGGGUUCGGCGCUGUUUUCAAGGGCACGCUAUGGUCGGGGAAGGAUGGCGCAACAUGCGUAGAGGUUGCGGUGAAGAACUUCACGCGGAACGAAAACCGGUGCUACGACGACUUCCUCGCUGAGGUCCACAUCAUCAACCAGCUGCGCCAUCGAAACAUCGUGCCACUAAUUGGUUGGUGCUAUGAGAAGGGGGAACUCCUGCUUAUUUAUGAGUACAUGCCCAAUGGCAGCCUUGACCACCAUUUGUUCCCCAAGGAACAACAAAGAAGUAUCCUUGGAUGGACCACCCGCUAUGACGUCGUCGUGGAUGUAGCCGCAGGGCUCCACUACGUCCACCAUGAGCAUGAGCAUAUGGUGCUCCACCGCGACAUCAAAGCAAGCAACAUCAUGCUUGACUCCGCCUUCCACGGUCGCCUCGGUGAUUUUGGCCUCGCACGCAUCGUGGGCUUGGACAAGAACUCCUACACGGACCUAGGUGUCGCCGGCACCUGGGGCUUCAUCGCGCCGGAGUACUCGGUAAGCCACAAGGCCACACGCAAGACGGACAUUUAUGCAUUCGGGGUGUUGAUCCUGGAGAUCGUCACCGGGAGACGAGUGAUCAGCGAAUUCCAAGACACAUUUCAGCUGCUCACUGAUUGGGUCUGGAAUCUUCACCGGAAGGGAAGGCUGCUUGAAGCUGUUGACGGCAAUGUUAUUUCCACGGAAGAGUUCGAUGAAGAUGGUGCCAUUCGGUUGCUGCUCCUUGGGCUGGCAUGCACCAACCCGAACCCGUUGGACCGUCCUAGCAUGACCGAUGUGGUGCAGGUUGUCGCCAAGUCAGUGCCAGCACCAGACGUGCCGCUUGUGAAGCCCACGUUUGUGUGGCCACCGGAAGAUGAGAUCCCUCACGAAUCCGAUGGCAUCUCGGCAAUGAGCGAUCUCGAUGGAAGCAAUUGGGAGGAGAUGUCAAGCAGUGACGCCCUGGCUGCAAGUGUCAUCAUCAGGCGCAAGGCAUAUGGGUUGUCUCGAUCGGCUGAGUUGUGUUGCGUGUAGUUGUGCGAAACUGAAAGACGACAAUUGUGGAAUAAUCUCGGUUUGAUCUAUUCCUUUGCACACUGGUGCAUAUAUAUAGGUACAGCUUGAGCUAUACAUGGUAACCGUACUAUGCAUGGUAAUCGUGCUAUACAUGGUAACCAUCAAUGAGAUUACAUGUGCUAGCUAUACAUGAUAGUUAGGAUCGGGCACCAUUAGGAGUAUUACCGCUCGAUUAGGAAGGAAUCACGUUAUAUAUGUUGCCUUACAAGGAAUAGUAAUUAACAGAACGUGAAAUCAGGAAGGUGAUCUCCAGCUCGGUCAGGCGUGAUCUUCGGCUGGUGACAGGAGAUAAUCCAACAGAAACUUCUGCACUCACCGGAUGAUCUUUUCUGAUCUAUUACCUGUCAGUGGUCAGCGUGGUCAGCGACGUCAUCAAACUUCAGCAGACAAUCUUUUGAAAUUUUUACCUCAAAUAUGUAUAUAUAGAAGAUAUGUGAAAAUAAUAUCGUUUGAUUUGUUGAUAUACUUUAGUGACAUACAUUUUUUUAAUAUGUUUAGUAGU